AUGAACUGCCCCGACGAUGGCCAUUUACCUCCACCGUCGUCUCCUCCAGCACCACCUCCACCAACGGAUUCGCAGUUCGGCAUCGACGUCGCCGCCCGGGAAGAGUGGUGGAGGCGAGGGACGGAGAAUUGGCGUGCACAUCGUAAGGAGUGGCGGGAGGCACUCGAGCAGCAGGCCCGCCAGCAGCGUGAGGCGGCGCACGAGACGAAUGUAGCGGCGUUCUACGCCUUGGCCCCGCAGCUGCCGAGAGCUGCGUGGCAGGAGGAGGCGCUGGAGGACACCAUUGCGGUGUUCGACGCCUCCACGGCAGAAGAAACACGGCGGCGCCGGACGGAGGAGAUGAGCCGGCGGUGGGAUGAUGAGCGGCGGCGCCAGCGCGAGGAGCGGGAGGCGCAGUACCGUGAACGGCGGGUGGCGAUCGAGCGCCGGCGACGGGAGUCGAUGGAGCGCUCGCAGCAGCUGGCGGUGGAGGAGCGUCAGCAGCGGGAGGUGGCGCUGGCGGCAACGGAGGCGGCCUGGGGGAGGCAUGUGGAGGAGUUGGCGGCGGAGGCCGACGCGUUGGCGGCGGCGAUGAUGGCGGCGCCAACAGAUGAGGAGGAGGUUGACUUUGGACCUAGCUUGAACUUGAUCGACGGGCGCGCGCGUCAGAUUUGA